UCCAGGGAUACCAGAUAUAGUGAAUGCAGGGUUCGGGGAGAGCAGAUUUAGUGAAUGCAGGGUCUGGGGAGACAGGCUAUAGUGGAUGCAGGGUCUAGGAAGACCAGAUAUAGUGAAUGCAGGAUCCGGGGAGAGCAGAUAUAGUGAAUGCAGGGUUACGGGGAGACCAGAUUUAGUGAAUGCAGGGUCUGGGGAGACCAUAUAUAAUGAAUGCAGGGUCCGGGGAGACCGGAUAUAGUGAAUGCAGGGUCCGCGGAGACCAGAUAUAGUGAAUGCAGGGGUCCGGGGAGAGCAGAUAUAGUGAAUGCAGGGUCCGGGGAGAGCGGAUAUAGUGAAUGCAGGGUCCCGGGGAGAGCGGAUAUAGUGAAUGCAAGGUCCGGGGAGACCAGAUAUAGUGAAUACAGUGUCCGGGGAGAGUGGAUAGAGUGAAUGCAGGGUCCGGGGAGAGUGGAUAGAGUGAAUACAGGGUCCGGGGAGAGUGGAUAGAGUGAAUGCAGGGUCCGGGGAGAG